AUGUCCUACCUCCAAUCCGCCCGCCUCACCUACCGCGCCCUGGAAGACACCCCGGAAGACGAAGACUUCCUGCACGCCAUCCAAUCCGACCCGGAAGCCUACGCCAACUCGACGCCCGCCUUACCCAGACCGCAAGCCAAACGCGACACCGUCAAUGGGUACAAGAAGUCCCUGAUGGAGCGGGCGCUGCUGGCAGCCAUCAUCGUGCUGCCGCAUCCCCCGUCGAAUGGCGAAACCACCCUUACCUCCAAUGCUGCAGAGGACACCCCAAAGAUGCAGACGCAGAUAACCACCCCCGGGACCCCGAUCGGUGUGAUCUCCCUCCGCCGCGAGGGCGGGGACUACGCCCACCACCGCGGCACCUCGAUCACCAUCGACAUCGCCCGUGGGUAUCGCGGUCAAGGGUACGGCAGCGAGGCGAUCAACUGGGUGCUGCACUGGGCGUUCCGGCGGGCGGGGCUGCAUCGCGUGGAGAUCCAGGCCCUGGCGUACAAUGAGGGAGCGGUGCGGUUGUAUGAGCGGUUGGGGUUCACGCUUGAGGGCCGUCGGCGGGAGGCGUUCUGGCACGAUGGAAAGUGGUAUGAUGACGUGGUGUUUGGGAUGUUGGAGCGGGAGUGGGAGGAGAGGCAGGCGCGGGUGCAGUCGGUAUAG